AUGGCACUACCAAGGAUAUUUCAGUGUCUUCUCGUGGUCUUCUGUACCUCGGUCUCAUCAGUCGUCGCCGAGUAUCAACAGAUUGACGACAGCAAAUGCGACUGCUAUCUCACGAAUGGGACAGAUGGAAAUUACUUCGCGACUCACAAAUUCUUCGACUUCCGCUCUCUGUCUCAAUAUGCGAAUGUUCCGGGGAUCAUCGAUGAUCAGUCUCAGAGCACCGAUGCGGAGGCGACCAGUGAUUAUUUCCUGUCGCGGGAGUGGACAGAGUCAUGGGGAACUCAACAGUGGAACAACAGUGGAAACUUCAACAAUGGCGAUGCGGCUGUGUUCAUGGUCAACUCGCUCAACAACGUCUACAUUGAGAAGAACGCCGACUCAAAUGCGGGAUCUGAAACAUUCUUGACCCUUCGGACCGCCAGGCUGGACAACUUCCAGUCUGCGGCGGAAUUCGAGUCUAUACCUACAGGCUACCACUUCCUAUCAUUGCGUAUGUACGCCAGAACGAUUGGCGCACCAGGUGCUAUCACCGCCAUGUUCACUUACAGGAGCUCCGAUGAUCCUAUGGCUGUGCAGGAGUCUGAUCUGGAGGUGCGCACUGAGGAUCCGCCUGAGUUUAUUCAAUACACAAACCAGCCUUCGUACAGCAGAUCUGGAAAUAUCCUAGAGGCAGCGACGAGGAAUGCCUCGGUCCCUGUGGGGUGGGAUAACUGGGCAGUCCAUCGAUUGGAUUGGAGUCCGACCAGCACCAGCUGGUACGUCGACGGCCAGAAUGUGUCGCAAAUAUCCUUUCAAACGCCCCGGGACCCCAGUCAGGUCAUCUUCAAUGCUUGGAGUGAUGGAUCUGAGUGGGUGGGCAACAUGACUGAAGGUGACGCAGCGUAUUUUCAGAUUCAGUGGAUUGAGAUGGUGUACAACAUGACGGGUACGGAUAAAACGACGGAUGCAUAUCAACGUGUAAGGUCGAGAUUGUCGAAUGGGAUUGCUAGCAGAGAUGAUGCAUCUUGCACCAAUAUCUGCAGUAUUGAUGCGACGCAAGAGAUUGGGACAGCGGUGCUCAUUCAAGGAACCAACCCCAGCCCCGCCGGUUCAAGUAGCUUUACAACCGAAGCCACUAGCUGGAAAGGUAUCUUGAUUGGUAUAAGCUGCAGCGAUAUGAUAGAGAGGGCAAAAUUUGGUCUUUGAUGACAGGAUUAUAUCUGGUGGGCAUUCGAACUUUUGUGUAACUCAACUCAGAAUACGAAACCUGUGCACUUGUGUACCGGGAUGAAUUAUCUUGUCGCAUCGGAGCGCUCAAUUGCCUGCCAAGUAUGGUCACUUAAGGAAUGGCAUUAAUUCAUUAAUGGCAACUGCGUUAUGCUGGAAUCGAUACUCCUAAGUUCCCACCAUUCUGAACUACUCUAAGACUCUGGAGCCGAUCUUCUGUAACCAAAACCGCCGUGAGCCCGUGACGCCAUUGCCGGACCGACAAGUCUCAUCACUCCUCAGGGUAGUCUUUUGACCAAUGAUGUUCUCUACGGCAAAAUGACCUUCGCACGAUGCUCAAGUGAUUGUCUCCGGCCCCGUCUCGGAACUGAACUACAUCUCUGGAGUUGACAUCGUGUCAUGGAUUUCCA